AUGGGCAUGGUGACGGAUGCCACAUCCAUCCGUUUGACUGGGAAUGCCGUCGGCCAGAGCGAAGUCCGUUGCGUAGUCGGUGGAAAAGCAGACACAACUGGAUGGCGACUUUGCCGGAGUUCCUUGCGCCUCAUGGCUGUGAAUACGAUGGCCAGUGAUUCGGCGAGCGCCAUUGACUGUCAGAUACGAAGCGCUCUUGUCAGUACUGGAGCCUUCAGGGCUCGCCGUCGCCUCUUGCUUAUGAAUCCAGGCACCCGUCCGGUGAGUGAAGAUGAUGAAUUAGGAAUGCGGCUUGUGCAACAAAUGUGCAUGAUGUUGGUGGGAGCCUCUCCAGGCAUCAUGGGCCGAGGCAGGCGGAGCAGUCGACAUGGUUUAAAGAUCCGCAACUCCCGUCCGCAAGAAAUCCCAUUUCCUUCGAAAUCCCCACGGAUCCGCGAAUACGCUCGCGCCAUCAUUCGACGCUGGCUUGCACGAGUGAAGCCGUUUCCAGCGCACUACACCGGUCUCGUUGUUGCUUGGGGCAUCACCUGGCCGGCGUUGAGAAACAGACAGACAGGUCGUGACAGGGUGCGUAGGUUGGACAAGCAAACCAGCCGGUUCGUUGGCCUGGGCAUCUGGAGCUUGGUGUAUCCACCCCUUUCUUGCGUCUCAUUCCAGGUGUUUGCAACAUCUGGAACCUUGAUGGGCAUCUGA